CAGCUACCGCUCGGAUGUUGCGAUAUCGCUGGCAGCCAAAGAUUGCUGUGGUUGCAGAGAUUAGCUGGGUUGAAACCUCAAUCUAAUAAUUUUGGAUGUGAAAUUUUCCGGACGUACAUUUUUGGGUGUAGAUUUCUCAAACGCGGAAUAUAAAGGUUUUCCUGAGGACUGUGCGUUUAGUUUUGUAGAUGAAAGGCAGACACGAGCUAAGCGUUAGCUAAGAGAAAUCAUUGUUUUAUUGUAAAUCUGAACAAUUAAAUAGCUGUAUUUCCAGCUAUGUGGCACUGGACAACUGCUUCAUUUAACUGAUAAUGGAAACAUUCUGUCACAGAGUGUCGAUUCUCGAGUUAAACGACGGGAACAUCGCAGUCGAAGACAUCUUCAGAGGAUAACCUGGGUAACCUUACACGAAAUGUCAUAGCUUCUAAGUAGCUAGCACUUAGCUAGCUGGAUCUUAUCUGGAUGAGAUGGAAAUGGACCUAACGCUGACAUCGUUUAGUAGCCGUCCUUGAACAGCUGGAUGGAUAGCUAGAUAGGGAGACAGUUUCUCCGGAGAUGCUUUAGCCUUCUAGGUGGUGUAAUUCACUUACAUAACAGCUAGCUGCUCUACUGCACUGUGUUGGCAAAUGGGAGAAACGCCACGAAAAUCCGGACCGUAUCCACGUCAAUAAAAUAGACCGAGACACCAGAGCAUCUAAAGCCUCCCGUCCAAAAAUAUUGCGAAUCUCACUGUAAAAUAGCUGAUUGAUCCAUUCAUCUUGGAGUGACUGAAGCAAAAACAUUGUCCUUGUUAACUGACAAGCAUGAGGAAGUUUUUUGAUUCUCGUCGAGAAUUGGUGAGCUCUGGCCCUGGUUCUGGAGGAGGGGGGGGAAGCUCUGGGUCCAGCCUGGCAGGGAGCAACUUUAUUGGGCGAGGCUUCACCGUGGGGCGGCACCAGGUCACCGUGGAAGAGAUCAUUGCUGAAGGUGGUUUUGCAAUUGUAUUUCUUGUACGAACAAAUCAAGGGGUUCGAUGUGCCCUGAAGAGAAUGUAUGUCAACAAUGAGCAUGAUUUGCAGGUGUGCAAACGGGAAAUUCAAAUCAUGAAAGACCUAGUUGGCCACAAGAAUAUUGUUGGUUAUCUGGACUCUAGUAUCACUGCGAUGGGUUCAAGAGAUGUGUGGGAAGUCUUUAUAUUAAUGGAUUUCUGCAAAGGAGGUCAAGUGGUAAAUCUGAUGAAUCAAAGGCUGCAGACUGGCUUCUCUGAGUCUGAGGUUCUGCAGAUCUUUUGCGAUACUUGUGAAGCUGUUUCUUGCCUGCAUCAGCGCAAGACUCCGAUCAUCCACAGAGAUCUAAAGGUGGAAAACAUCCUCUUACAUGACAAGGGUCACUAUGUGUUAUGUGACUUUGGCAGCGCUACCAACAAGUUCCAGAGUCCACAAACUGAAGGAGUGGCUGCAGUUGAGGAAGAAAUUAAAAAGUAUACAACUUUAUCAUAUCGAGCUCCUGAAAUGGUGAAUUUGUACAAUAAUAAGAUUAUCACUACAAAAGCCGAUAUCUGGGCUCUGGGAUGUUUGCUCUACAAGCUGUGCUUCUUUACUCUGCCCUUUGGUGAAAGCCAGGUGGCCAUAUGUGAUGGCAGUUUCACCAUACCAGAUAACUCCCGCUACUCUUAUGACCUACAUUGCCUUAUUAGGUACAUGCUAGAACCGGAUCCAGACAAUAGACCAGAUAUCUAUCAGGUGUCACACUUUGCUUUUAAACUUGCCCAGAGGACAUGUCCUGUACAAAACUCAAAGAAUUCCCCGCUUCCCUCUAAACUUCCUGAGCCAGUCAAAGCAAGUGAAGCUGCUGCAGCAAAGAAGAGCCAGAAUAAGCCCAGACUUACCGAUCCCAUUCCUACCACUGAAACCUCCAUCACCCCACGACAAAGACCCAAAGCCAUUCAUACCCAACCGGGCACUGGCAUGCUACCUAUCCAGCCAGCUGCUCUGACACCUCGCAAGAGAGCCAACAUCCCUGGUGGAACAGCUCAGUCAGUGGGAGUGAGUUUAGACCUGUCUCAGCCGGCUGCAGCUCUACAGUCACAGAAGGCACAGACUUCCACUUUGAACAAUGCUGGUGUGGCCCCAGCUCAGCAGAAGCAGACAGUUCAGGCCACUUCAGCUUCAUCAGCAGAAACCUCUGCAGCACCAGAGAACGUCACUAAGACUGAGUCCCCUCCACAAGCUCAGGUUCAGGCUUCACCUCAGCAGCCCAACACAACUCCCUCCGUGAUCAGUGUGGCCUCUCAACAAGCCAGUCCUCCCAGCCCUGCGCCACCUCAACGCCCAGCACGGCGCAAGCAAGGCAGUGUGAGCUCACCAAGCAAAGUUGCUCCAUGUCCACCGACUGACAUCAGCCCAAAAUUGGCAGAGAUCACCCCACCUGCGUCUCCAAAAACUACUGAUGAUCAAGGCCACCAACGCACCCCUAGUGACACCACAGUAGGCAGUGUUGGAACCUCUCCAAAUGACUCACAACAGGUUGUAGGAACUAGCGUGGAUGCUGCUGCUAGUCUGAGUAUUGCAGAUAUUUCUGCUCAACCCACGUGGAACCCAUUUGAUAAUGACAACUUCUCUAACAUCUCCAGUGAACCGAGUACUAAUGACAAGAAACUUGCAGAGGAAACUGAGACGAAAUCUGAGGAAUUGAUACCAGGAUUGCAUACUUCAGUUGCUGAAAGUACUCCUAAUGUUGAGACACCUUCAGACAUUGUGGAUGUGGAUACAGGAGCCUCUCUAUUGGCGGUUCCUGAUCCUUUCCGGACUCUGGACCUUACAGACACAUCAGAAAAGCUAAUUGAAGGCUUGAAGUCUCCAGACACAUCUUCACUUAUGCUUCCUGAUCUGCUGUCAUUGUCUGAUCCUUUUGGGGGGGCUGUGGAGGAGUCUGCCAAAGACCCACUCACUUCUGAGGACUCUCUCUUGGGACUGAUCUCGUGCCCUUCAGUGCCCCCUGCUGGCAGCAGUGCAACAUCCUCAGUGUCCUCCGCUCCAACCUCAGCUGCCUCUGCUAUGGAUGACUUCAGUCUGCUGUCAGGUGACUCUGCACAGCCUAAAACAGAUUCUGACCUCCUCAUUUCUGACUUUGAGCCUCCCCCGACAUCUGCAGAUGCAGGUGAAGAGGAUGAGUUUGAUCCUAUCCCUGUCACUGGUCGAAAGAAUUCGCAAGUUUCGGGAGGCCACUCGCGCAGUAACAGUGGUGGCUCUGAGUCCAGCCUGCCCAGCUUGGCCCGCUCCCUACUGCUGGUGGACCAGCUCAUCGACCUGUAGACGGCCCUUGUAGAUGUAACUCUGGAUUAGAACCUAGCAACCAUUCUCAUAGCUAUCUUUGUCCACCCUCCUGCUGUCUGCCCCACUAUGAUAGUUCCCACUGUAGAAUCAUUCAGUAUUUGGCUAUUCUCGCUCCUGCUCAUCUGUCAUUUUGAAAUGUCCUUUCUUUAAAAUGACACAUCUCAUUUCCCUUCAAGUGUAAAUAAUUACAUUUUCUCAUUCAUUCGGAAUAUAAUUAUGCCAUCCAGUUUUCAUUAGGUGUAAACAGACAAUAGAUGAGUGGUAUAAUGUAAAAUAGGCAUAUUUUAUGUGGUUGUAGGUAUAAUUGUGCACAUGUAAUGUUUAACUUUUUUGCCUUUUGAACCUUUCCAGCACGGAUUUAUUUGCACACAAUUAAAGUAAAAAUUUAUUCCAAUGAUGACUAAAAUAAAAAGGAGCAUCUUGUAGCCCGAUUUGCACAGUAGCGUAAAUGUCUUCUGUGUCAGAGAAGUAGUGAGCGGCCAUUACCUCAAACUGCUGCCUCUACUGCUCAAACAUGGACGCAGUUAUAACUAUAUGGAGAAUCUUCUGGUGUAGAGUUGCUAAUAUAAGUGCCAUACAUAAUCUGGAGAAGCUAUACUUGUUAAUCUAUGUAUGUGGUGACGAUGCCUGCUGACACUUGUGGGGGCCAGACAAUAAGACUCACAUUGGCACCCAUGUAAGACAAACUGUUAGAAGAGGGCCCAGACGUGGGGCAGCAUUAGAUUCUGCUUGCACUCCUCCCUCUUCCUAUUGACAUGCCUGUUUAUGGUAAGCCAUAGAUUAGCGUGCCAUUCCAACAGAAUUCUGUCGCAUGGUUACAACUAUAUAGAUAGGACUGUAGAGAAAAUAUUAUAGUUGUUUAUCAUAAACUACUUUUGGCACUAAGAAAAAACAGAAGCAUUUAUGGUAAAUAUCACUAUUAUCCAUUCCACUUUGUGCAAUGUUCCUACAUUUCCAUUGUUUACUUCAUUUGUGUAAAUAUCAUUCUGAACCCUUACAGGCUGCUCCCCAGCCAAAUUAUCUGUGAAUAUAUCAUUGUCAUGAAGCUUUACCCACACAAAUCCUAUUGCUUUAUCUUUGAAGUAGUAUAUAUGAUGAUAUGCUCUAUGUAUAUCAUAUAUAUAUAUUUAAAUUUAUUGUUUUCCUGUUAAUAUAAAUAGAGUGUUAGAGAAUGAAUGUAUAAAAUAAAUAAUAUUAAAUAUAUUAUUAAAAAAAUCUAUGAUUCUCAACAUCAUAAUCACUGAAUAAUAUUGAAUAGUCUAUAAAAUGUCAUUCCUCUUGUAAGAUGUAUGUUCUUUUUUUUUUUUUUUUUUACAAUCCAAUGUGAAGAUAGAGUUUGAAAGAUCAAGCUGAUGGCCAUGUAUUCUCUUACUUUGUGAAAGACAGUGUGUCCAUUGUAUGUUUGGUGUGUAUCCGUGAUGGAAUAGUAUGUUUUAUUCCAAAAUGUUGACGGUUUUCACCAGAAUGAGUUUGAUCCAGUUUCAUUUCAUGCCUAAAGCCAAUCUUUUCUGGACGUGUGCUUUGUACAGCUCUGUUUUGCUUUUCUGUUUAGUGAUCAGAGUUCCUAUCAGAAAUAGCAUGGCUGUGUUGUUGACCGUUCUGUGUGUGUGAUAUACAGUGUAAUGAUAAGUGUGUGUGUGGAGUCAUUGUUGGAUGUAUUUUCCCGUUGCCUAUUAAGUUUCUUUGUCGACUCUGCUGCAAAUAUGGCAACAGUCAUUAAAAUAACUAUGAAAGCACAGACCCCCAAAUUGUCUCAGGUCACUAAAUAUUGCUAUCUCUGAGAAAUACAGUUUCAUUGGCCUACUCCAGUCUCACUGUCUGCAGGUGGUUGGUGGGAGGUUGCAUAAGAGUUUGAAUGAUCAGAUAAGACUCAGAAUGACUCUUUUGGUUUAAACUGACCUGCAAUGUCAAAGUGUGUUCGAUCAUAUAUGCUUUCCGUGCAUGAUCACAGCUGUACCACUUUUUGCAUUGCACCAAAUACAGUAUAUCAUAUGACUUUAUAAUGCUGUUUAAUCAACCUUUGAAAACGAAACAAUGCCGUUACUGACAUUUGUUUAAAAGAGAAAAACCUACAGCAGAAUCAAAGUUAGACAUUUAUGUAAAAAAGGAAAUCAUUGAACAGUGCUUGUAUCUCCGUAGAUGUUAUUACAACUUUUGUCCACUGCAGAAAAGCAAGCAGCUGCCUCUUGGGUGCGUGUUGUUUGGUGCUGCAUGUGCAACAGAAGCGUAUGUUUACUAUCCUCCUCUACGCUCUUAUGAAUAGUUCUAGUUGUGUGCAGUUACUGUUUUGAACCUAUGCAACUAUCGAGCUUGUCCCUGUAGCCACUUAUGUGCUGUGGAAAUCGGCAAAGCCCAGCAGUUAUUCCCCAGAGUGAAACAAAUCCCGUUGUUUCCUUGUUGUUUUGCCAAAAAUAAAGCUGUCCGUUCUCUGAUAUCAUGAGUGUUUUGAGGCACCUCUUUGUCUUUAUGGCCCAAACCUACAUUCAAGCCGUGGUAUUAUGUGCUCUUAUAUUUUUGUGAGAUGACUAUAGAAUUAUAAAGGGAUGGCAAAUAAAAUAAUAAUGUGAACGUCAGCGUGUGGAGUUUUGUUUUUGGAGAUUUAAACAUUACAACUUUAUCAAAACUUUUUGAUUCUAUUUUGUAAUUAUAACUUUCCCCUGCCACUAAGUAUUUGUAUGAUGAAUUUCACACAGCGCCCUGGACAGAAGCACAUUUUGAAUGUUAGUCAAAUAAUGCAUAAAACAACCAUAUUUUUUUAAAGUUAUUUCUGUUGUAUUACACCAUAAUAGAUUAGCAGUGAAUAUAUAUUUUGCAUAUGCAUUCAUGUUUGCAUAAGCUUUGACUCUGUCUUAAGUGAAAUCAGGCAUAAUAGAAGAUAAAAAUGUUCUGUCAUGUCAGGUAAGAAGAAAUCACUUAUGCUUUUUUCUCUUUUCCUUUCCAUGUCAAGUGCUGCAUGUGGUGAUGGAUUAUUUUAAAUAUAUUAUUCUAAAAUAGUAUUUAAUGUUUGCUUGUUC